AUGGGGCGUCUAGGGGCCUCCCUGCUGGUGAGACAGCGCCGGGGGCUCCACGGGUCUCUGGUCCUGGCAGAAAGCCCGUCAGAGCCGGUGGGGAGGAGACGGUCCCCGACACAGCGGCCGCUGACAACUGACAGGAUGGACACCCGGGAUUUGGUGGUUGGGACUGUUCUGUUAUUAAAAAGUAUAAUCGGGCUUCUGGGGAAUCUCUCUCUCCUUUCCCAUCAGCUCUUCCUCUACCUCACCGGCUGUAGGCCGAGGGCCACAGAUUUGGCUGUCAAGAACCUGAUUGUGGCCAAUUUCUUGGUCCUGUUCUCCAGUGGAAUCUGCUAUCCAGUGGAACUGUUCGCAUGGUAUCAUAUCUUCACCAACUUUGGUUGUAAAUUUUUUCUCUAUGUUCGCCAAGUGGGCAUGGGCGUGUCCAUGGGCACCACCUGCCUCCUGAGUGUGGUCCAGGCCGUCACCAUCAGCCCCCAGGGCUCCAGGUGGGCAAGGCUGAGAGAGAAAGCUCCCAGGUGCAUCCUCCCCUGUGUCGCCCUGUGCUGGGUUGUAAACCUGCUGGUUAAUGUCAUCUAUCCCGUGUUUUUCUCAAACACUUUGAGUCGCGGGAACAUCUCAAACACUAAGAGUUUUGGACACUGCUCUGUGGUUCGCUUUGACCAAAUCACAGACUCUUUAUUUGCAGCUUUGCUCUCGAGCCCCAAAGUCCUGUGUGUGGGGCUCAUGGUCGGGGCCAGCGGCUCCAUGGUGUGCACCCUGUACCGGCACAGGCAGCGGGUCCGGCACCUUCAAAGGAGCAGUGCCUCCUCCACGUGCUCCCCGGAGUCCAGAGCCACCCGCACCAUCCUGCUGCUGGUGAGCACCUUCGUCUUCUUUUACACCGUCUUCUCCAUCUUCCAGCUGUCCUUGACUCUCUUCCACAAUCCUGACUUGUUGCUUGUGACUAUUACUGCAGUCAUCAGCACCUCCUUCCCGGCCAUCAGCCCCUUUUUGCUCAUGAGCCAGGACCCCAGCGUGUCCAGGUUCUUCUCCGCCUGGAGAAGAAACCUAAAGGCCCCUCAUCUGUGA